CCCUGGUGAUAUCAGUCAGUAUGUCCACUGUCUUAAAGCCAUGAAAUAUCACAGUACAUUCUGUAAUUGUGAGCUUAUAAAUGAUCGUACAAUGUCAUGUUUCAGGCAUUUUUUCCAUUUGUUUCACUUUUUUUCAGAAUCAGAGAGGAUCGUGAGAAGGUUACAGGAUAUGUAGAAAAUGUUAUCCCAAACUACCUACCAGAUGACUUUAAAAGGAUGUUCCGAGUGUCAAGAGAAACAUAUUCGAAACUUUUGGGUUAUGUUUCCAGAUCUGAAGAAUUUGCUUUGAGAAAUCCAAACAGAGGAAGAUCCCAGAUUCCUUUAGAGAAAAUACUGUUAAUGAUAUUAUGGUAUUUUGGUACACAGGAAUCAGCACAAAGUAUUUCUGACAGAUUUGGAGUACAACAGUCUACAUUUUACAAGUACCAAGAAAAAGUGAUGGACUAUUUUUGUAAUAUUUUAUGUAGUCGGUUCAUUGUGUGGCCAAAGGAAGAUGAAAAAAAUGAGAUGUUUAGAAAUUUCCAAUCAAAGAAAGGCUUCCCAGGCGUUAUUGGGGCAUUGGAUGGGUCACACAUUCCUAUUACACCACCAAAAGACAGACAGAGAGAGUAUAUCAAUAGAAAAGGCUUCCACUCAGUUGUGCUGCAGGCAGUCUGUAGGCCUGAUAAAAGAUUCACACAUAUCUACUGCGGUUGGCCAGGGCGAGUACAUGACGCCAGAGUUUAUCGGAACUCUGAUAUUUAUAGUAACCUUUAUGAACUAUGUGGACAUAAUCAUAUUCUUGGAGACGGAGCAUACCCAAAUAGUAGAUGUCUUUUGACCCCAUAUAGAGAUACUGGUCAUUUGACAGCACCACAGAAAUUGUACAAUAAAAUACAUUCUAGUACAAGAUGUAUAAUUGAAAACAGCUUUGGAUUACUUAAAGGAAGAUUUAGGCGUCUCCAGCAUAUCAAUAUAUAUAAUAUUGAGAAAGUUGUGAAAGUGAUAGUGAGUUGUUGUGUUUUGCACAAUAUGUGCAUCAUGAAUACUGAUGAGUUAGACGAUAUAUAUGACGAUCAUGUGGAUGAUAAUCCAGAUUGUCCGCCACAAUAUCGCAUUGAAGAUGCUGAAGGAAAACUUAAACGUAUACUUAUUACAAGACAGUUGUCAUCUUAAGUAGUUUGCUGCUGUAAACAUAGUAAACAUUGCCUAGUUUUUUGUUUUGUUAAACAGCCACUAGUAUUAGAAUAGUACUGGAAGCUAAGCAUUUAGAAGUCUUACAUACAUACAUGUAUAAUGUGAAAAGGCAUAAA